AUGAGGAGCAUAACUGUCAUAUUCGCUCUAUUGGCUUUGGUAAAAAAUAUCUUUGCAGCAAGUAUGUCUUCAGGAGGGUCUGUAGAUGAAAAUCCGUCCAAAGAAAUGGAAAAAUCAGCACCAGCGGGACUCAAGGAUAUUCCACCUUUGAUGUCAGGAUCUGGAGAUAGUGACGAAGAUGAAAAUCCGUCCAAAGAAACGGAAAAAUCAGCACCAGCGGGACUCAAGGAUAUUCCACCUUUGAUGUCAGGAUCUGGAGAUAGUGACGAAGAUGAAAAUCCGUCCAAAGAAACGGAAAAAUCAGCACCAGCUGGACUCAAGGAUGUUCCACCUUUGAUGUCAGGAUCUGGAGAUAGUGACGAAGAUGAUGAUGAAGAAGAAGGAAUACUUUUUGGUGAGCCAUUGCCAUCGAUCAGCCCGUCAUCACAACCACCGAAAGAAGAAGAGAAGACUGCUUCACAACCACCGGAAAAAGGAGAGCAAUCUGCUUCAGAA